CUCUCUCUCUCUCUCUUCAUAUUGAAGCCCAUUUCAGAUCAAACCCAACUUGGGAAACACACAGAGCGAAGACAGUAUGGCGCAUCUCUAGAAACUUGAUUCUCUCUCUCUCUCUAUCUCUCUCUCCCCAAAACCCUAUUUAAAUACAACAUUGCCCACCGCUUUCUCCCAUGCAAUUGUCUUCUUCACCCCUUAUUGUUGUGCUCUCUCUCUCUCUCUGACACUGUAUCUCUUCUUCUCCGAUCGAGCUAGCUGAUUAAACAUUUCCCAACAAGUUCCAUCCCCUUUGUCCCUAGACACCUUUCUACCUCUCUUCUAUUCCUCGCAUAAACACUAAAUUUACACACACACAUAGACACCCAAGAUGUCUAGCCGAAGAUCACGUUCAAGGCAACCAGGAACUUCAAGGAUCACCGACGACCAGAUCUACGAGCUCGUUUCCAAGUUGCAAGAGCUUCUCCCUGAGCUUCGUCACCGACGCUCUGACAAGGUUUCGGCUGCUAGGGUUUUACAGGAGACUUGCAAUUACAUCAGGGGCCUGCACAGGGAGGUUGACGAUCUGAGCGAGCGCUUGUCGGAGCUGCUUCAAACUACGGACAGUGCUCAAGCCGCCUUGAUCAGGAACUUGCUUACGCAAUAGAGACCUGACUUUAAUUAAUUAUAAUUACAACUGUGUCACUCUUUCUUUCUUGCUUCUUCUAUCUAUGUCACUCUUUCUUUCUUUCCCAGUCUGGCUAGCUAGCUUGCUAGCUAGGGUUUUCUUACUUCCCAGAAACUUCAAUUUGAUGACCAAAGAGAAUAUCCAUGUUCAAGAGUACUCUUUAAUUAAGCAAUAAUAAAAAGAGUAGUACGUACUCGAUCAGCGCUCA